UGUUGCAUCCUUUAAUGCCCUCUAUCUAAUGCUAUCUUCAUCAUAUCGUGUAUGCUGAAUGCCUUUUUAGCACACUGUCAGUGCUGCCGCCGCCGUUGGUUUGGCUUCAGUGUCAACCGAUGUUUUUGAGUUCGCGGAUGACCGCUCAGUUGGAAGUGGUUCAGCAUAUCCAUCGCCAUCCCCACAAUACACGCCAUUUCCGUAUAAUACUGUAGGAAGUCCAUUGUCGACAGCUCCUAUAAGAGGAACCACGACAAAACGUCGUCCCCGAGCUCGCAAAUCUGCUAAUAUGGGUGAUCGAGUUGGAGAUAUGACAACAGGGGCUUUGAAAGAUCCGCUGGGUGUUGGGCUAGCUACUCGAAAGCCCCGUGGUAAGACAGGAGUCCGUCGACCACGCGGCUCGCGGAGAGGAGCGUUAGCUAUGACCCAUGCUGAACUGGAGAUGCAGCAAAGGAUCCCGCCACCGUUGCAAAGAUCCUAUAGCGAUUACGAGCCUAUGCAAAGUUUAGUUGGAACGCCAUCCUCACCCUAUGUGGAUACUGAAUCUGACGAUGAAUGCGAUCCACCACCACCACCUAAGUCACUGGCAAUGUUUCCAUCACCAGCUGCAAGUCAAAUAGCAACAGCGUCUUCUGGCGUAAAUAGUCCUUCACAG